AUGGUUGAAUCAUACAAUUGUUUACGUCUAGAUAAUAGUUAUGUUUUUCAGGUGGAAGUUUACAAAAAUAAAAAUGACAAUGACGAUAAGAAAAUUUUCAAAAUUGAUGGUGAUGAAAUUCCAUUUGAGAAAUUAAGAGUUGGACAACUUGCGAACCUUAUCUCAAAUAAUGAAGAGUUUGGAAAGCCUGACAGCUCGAGAAAAAAGGACCUUUCAUGGAAAUAUAAGAAAGGUGAUGGCACUACAUGGUGUACAGGCCACUUGAAAACUACACGGGUGUUUAGAGUUAUGGAACGAUUGGAAGAAGAAGGCUAUCUUCGCCUAUAUAUAUCUCUUGAGACGAUUGAAACAGAUGGCAAGAUAUUAUUCUGGACAAUAUUCAGUGAUUAUCUCGUCAGGACUGCUCCCGAGUAUAUCAAAGAUCAAAUUAAGUUAGUAAUGAUUUCGCUAAUUUGUUUUCAAGAAGGUGGGGAAAAACAGGUUAUUCUCUUUAUAGACGAAUAUGAUAUAAUGUAUAGAGCAAAUGAUGAGACUAUAUCCUCAUUCUUGAGAAUUGUUCGUAAUGUUAAAGCAAGAAAAGAAGAAUAUGCUAUCUGGUCUAUCAACAUAGUCGGCCCUUUCAGUAUCUUACAUCUGAGCUCAAAAGAAGUGACCACAUCACCAUUUAAUGUCUAUAGGUCAUUUCAAACCCCAAACUUCACGCAGGAACAAGUCCAGUUCUUAUUUAAGGAGUAUGCGAAUAAUCAUUAA